CCUUUGUCUGCGACUCGGGACUUCAGCAAACUUCAUCGACUCCUCACUUCACACUUGAUAGCUGUUCUCGGGUACUAAGAACACAGUAAAUCAGUGGAACCGCAAUGGAUGCGUUACCUUCGUCAAUGUUGAACGCAAUGACGGCGACACAGCUCGCGAAGGAGACACUUGCUAAAGUAAAGACAGAACAUCUACUUUCUAGCAACGAAAAGCUGCAAGACUUGAGUGAAGUCCUGAUGCGCUCUAUGUCAAUCGUGCGAAGCACGUUGAACUCUCGAGUACCGAUAAAUCGUUUACCUCCGGAGGUCCUUGGGAUGAUUUUCGAAUUUGUCCCUGAGUUCCCUUCUGACGAAAGUUUGGAGACCCUCGUCCAUCGCAUCUGGGGCCCAUCUUCGCGCAAUCCUGAGGAUUCCCUCAUUCUCUCUCAUGUGUGCCGUCAUUGGCGCGCAGUCGCCACGGGAUUACCCACUCUCUGGACGAGUAUUGAUGGAACUCUCGCCUUCCCUCCAUCAACGAUUCUAAAGCGAGCUGGUUCGCUUCCGCGCAACAUCUUCUUACUCAACGAAAUUUCCAACUUCGUGGAUUAUUCGUUCUUUGAUGGUCCGAAUUUCCGGGAGCUUCUUUGGGACUCGGUAGAUAUCGAGGAGAUGACUGAAUGUCUCCAGAGCCCAGCCCCAAUGCUAGAAAACCUCGCUUUGAAGGCGGACAUUCCCAUACAUAGCGCGAACCAUGUACACAGAAAGUCAUUUUCGCUCUUCAUGAAUGAAACCCCACGCUUGCGACGGCUAGCCCUGGAAUGCUUCCCUGUCCUGCCGACUAAUCGCUUCACCGGUCUAACACACCUUCAUCUCGCCAGUUGCGUAGGUGCCCAGAUCUUGUCUGGCAUUCUAUCCAUGCUCGCGGGAACCCCUGGACUGUUGGAGUUAACGCUAUACGGCAUCGUUGUACCUUUCGGGUCGCCACAGUCCAAUCUUCCCACAGCCGAGCUGAAGCAUCUACGCCGGUUCUUCUAUUUCGAAAUGGCGCCUGCGGUCACUUCUCUACUUCUCUCCCAUAUCAGCUUGGCACCUGAAACGGCGGUAUUCAUCACCUAUGCUCGUCACGAGUCCCGUAUCCUCGUCCCACAAGUGCAAGACUUCCCAUCCAUGCAGGACGUGACGAAGCUUUUUGUAAGGGUUGCACGCUCCGGCAUCGUGGUCGCUGCCGUCAGCUCGACAUCAGGAGUCAUGCAAGAGCUACGACCCAUCUGCCUGCAUUACAAUUCAAUAGCCGCUCUCGAGACACUUGCAACUUCCAUACCCAUGGCCCAGAUCCGCGAAAUGUGGAUCUUGGACGAUAGCCACGAAUUCGAAGACCUCCUGAUGUAUGAAUGGCUUGGAACAGCGGACAGCAUCGAGACAUUGGUGAUGUUCGACCACAGCGUCUCGUCCAUCAUCCAGUCUGUCGCAUGGGCUCGAGACAGGCAGAGCAUCGCCAAAAAUAGCCUGCCGACCUUGCGGGUGCUCUUGCGCGAUCCGCUUGCAGCGUCGAUAGCUAUGGCCGAAAUAGUCGAGCACCAUGAGGAGCAUGGGUUCACUCAUCUAUGCCUGGAGUAUCUGCCGAAGUUCAGAGGGGAGAGUGUAGACCACAUGAUUCCGCGUGGUCUAUUCCAGUCUGUUGAGAUCGAACAUCUCACUGCAAAACCCGAGAUGGCGAUGCCGGAAAUCUGUAGGACGACAGCGCAUGACUGCUGGCCUCCGUGGGAUGAUGUACUGCUGCUGCCGUCGUCUAUGAACCUUUUUCCGACUAUGGCGCAUCCGAUGCAAUAUGUUGGUACAGGGCCGUUCUAGAAUUGAUGCAUGAUGAUAUGGUGGCGUUGAGAUUAAUUCUCUACUUGUAUCAAAUAACUAUGCCCCUCUUGCUUGAUGCAUGUUGUAUGCGAUAUGUGACCGUCGUCUCGG